GAUGGACGGAAUGUGGGCCACUGACCGGCGUAAUGCCAGCGCGAGAAAGUGCCACGACUCCACACAGACAUCGACUGACUCCUCAAGCUGGGAAUAAGAUUUUUUUUGUUUUUUGUUUUAUUUUUUUUGCUGGCGUGAUAAGGCACUUAGGUUCGAGAUAAUCACUUCUGUUAAAACUCUUCCUGAAGUUAUUCAUCCAACGGAAAUCUGCCGCGAGAAAAGAAAGGCCACUAGCAGUCAUGGACAUCUACGAUCCUCAGACCCUUGGAAUUAUGGUGUUUGGUGGCUUCAUGGUGUUCUCAGCUAUUGGGAUUGCUCUAGUCUCAACUUUUUCCAUGAAGGAGACGUCGUACGAAGAAGCUAUAGCCAAGCAGCGGAAGGAGCAAGGGAAGACCCAAUCCAGUCAACGAUCCGACAAAAAGAAAAAGGACAAGGCAGCUGAGAAGAAAAAUCGUGGUAAGAAAAAGGAUGAUAAGCCCAAUGGGAAGCUCCUGGAGUCAGAGGCCACCCCUGAGGUUACAGAAGUACCGGCCGAGCCCAGUCCACUAAAUCCUCCAGCCCCCGAACAAGCUGUUGCACCAGCACCUAAACAAGAUGCCCCAGCUCAGUCCCCCCAGCCCACCCUUUCUCAAAAGACCACUCCACCUGCCCCGGCCAAGAAGUCAGCUCCACCUGCCCCGGCCCAGAAAUCUGCUUCACCUACCCAAAAGUCUGCUCCAUCUCCUCAAACCCAAAAGUCUGCUCCAGCUCCUCCUGCUCAGAAAUCCACUCCAGCUCCUCCUGCCCAGAAAUCCACUCCAGCUCCUCCUGCUCAGAAAUCCUCUCCAGCUCCUCCUGCCCAGAAAUCCACUCCAGCUCCUCCUGCUCAGAAAUCCUCUCCAGCUCCUCCUGCCCAGAAACCCUCUCCAGCUCCUCCUGCCCAGAAACCCUCUCCAGCUCCUCCUGCCCAGAAACCCUCUCCAGCUCCUCCUGCCCAGAAACCCUCUCCAGCUCCUCCUGCCCAAAAAUCCUCUCAAGCUCCUCCUGCCCAAAAAUCCUCUUCAGCUCCUCCUGCCCAGAAAUCCACUUCACCUCCACCUACCCAGAAAUCUACUUCACCUGCCCCAGCCCAAAAGACCAUUCCAGCUGCCCCUGCACAGAAGUCUGCUUCAAAUGCUUCAGCCCAGAAGGCUGCUCCAUCCACCCCUGCCCAGAAAGCUGCCCCACCUGCCCCCACACAAAAAUCUGCACAAGCCCAAAAGGCUGUACCAAAUGCUCCAGCUCAGAAAUCUACUCUACCUGCACCAUCCCAGAAGUCUGCUUCAAAUUCUCUGGCCCAGAAAUCCUCUUCACCAGCCCCAGCCCAGAAUGCUGCUCCACCCGCCCCAGCCCAGAAAUCCUCUCCACCUGAACGAAAAUCCAGUCCACCUGCCCCGGCCCCUUCCCAAAAGGCUGCUACAGGUGCUACCCUUGCUGCAUCCCAUCCUACUCCUGAAGAUGCCCCACCUGCCCCAUCUCCUAAGGAUAAGAGGAAGAAGAGAGUCAAAGCAGAGUCUGCUUCUGCUGAGGUUCAGUCCAAAUCAGUGGCUCCAUUGGAGAUGGUUACCAAAAAGGUUCCUGUUAUGGCAGUGCCUCCAGUGGGCACUCCAAAAGCUGCCCCAGCGACUGCUUUGCCGGCCAAAGCAGAGGAGACCAAACAGGAUGCUCCACCCAAGAAGAAAGCAGGAUCCAAGAAGAAAGCAGAGCCAGCGGUGGCUGCAGACCCCGCAGACAGUCCACUGUACCUUCCCUACAAGGCUUUGCUUUCCACAGUGAGGAGUAUGGUGUUCAGCGAAGGAGAGGCCCAGCAGCUCAUUGAGAUUCUGUCUGAUAAGACUGGCAUUAUUCAAGACACAUGGCACAAGGCCACACAGAAGGGUGAUCCGGUGGUUGUGCUGAAGAAACAGCUGGAGGAACGAGACAAGCAGCUGGCAGCUGAGCAGGAGGACUCAGCAGCUGCUAAAAGUCGACUGAGGGAUUUGACUAAAGAGCUGUCUGUGGAGAAGUCAAAGGUAGCGUCUGUAGAGACCAGGCUGAGCUCUCAGCUGAGCAAGCGAGAGCAGGACAUUAUCGCCCUGCAAGCACGUAUGCAGGCCAGUUAUCAAGACCACCUCGCUGAGGCUCAGCAGCUUAAUGCCAAAAUCUUGGCUCUCCAGGACCAGCUGGAGAAAGGCCCUAAUGCUCAGCUUGCCCGUCUACAGCAAGAGAACUCCAUCCUCAGAGAUGCGCUUAACCAAGCCACCAGUCAGAUGGAGAGCAAACAAAAUGCUGAACUGGCCAAACUGCAUCAGGACUGCAUUCGACUGAAUAAGGACCUGGCGGAGAAGAAUGAGGCCUUGCAGACUGAAGAACAGCUCAGGAAAAAUCUGGAAUCUAAAGCUGCCACAGCUGAGAAACAACUAACCCAGCUGCAGGCGAACUGGGUGAGCAGCGAACAGGCCCUCCAGAAGCGUCUGGAGGAAGUGAGUGAGGAGCUCAGACAGACCCAGAGCAGCAGAAAUAGCCUUCAGACACAACUUGAACAAGCUCAGAAAGACACCACUGCUCUAGCAGAUGCUCAAGCUCGUGUGGCCAGUGUGGAGGCGGAAUUGAAAGAACGGUCCGAACGGUUGGAGAGUCUGCAGAGCCAGCUGAAACAGAUACAGGCAGAGAGAGAGCAGCAACUGGAGGCAAGCCAGAACAAAGAACAAAACCACAUUUCAGAGGUUUUGAUAGCUGAACUGGAGCAAGCAAAGAGCAGCUUGAAGGAGAAAGAAAGUAGAGUUUCAACUCUUGAAGAAGAGCUGAUCCAACUCAAAAACACCAUUGCCAAUCAGGUGGAUAACACAACAGAGAUGCAGCAAUUGCAGCACAGUAUAAAAGAAAAGGAUGAGCAAAUAGCAACUCUUCAGGGAGAACUACAACAGGUUAAAGAAAAAAGUUCAGACCUCAACACACUUGAAAACACAGAAAUGCUGGAAAAGCUACAAAACAGUUUGAAAGAAAAGGAGUCUCAGGUGGUUUCGUUUGAAGAAGAGAUGAGGCAGUGUAAAGAACAGUACAACACUAAACUGGCAGACAGCACAGCCAAACUGGAGUCAUUACAUAAAAGUGUAUCUGUAAAAGAGAGCCUAGUGACAUCACUACAACAGGAAGUGCAGCAGCUCAAGGAACUAAAUCAGUCACAAGGCAAGAGUUACGAGAGUUUGGAGGACAUGCUGAAAUCUUUCCAGACCGAGACCAAAGAAGUUCUUCACUCUCUUUUCCCACACAUCAACAUAGAGACAGCACAGACCAAAUGGCUGCAGGACUUUGCUGUGAAAGCACAAGAGGUGCUAAAUCAAAAGCAACAGAGCCAAGAAUCCCAGCAAAGCACAGAGCUGGAGGAGUUAAUGGGGAAACUACAGGCAGCCCAGGAGAGUCAGUGCACACUACAGUCUGAGUGUGAACAGUACAGGAGCGUACUGGCUGAGACGGAGGGGAUGCUGAAAACACUUCAGAAGAGUGUAGAGGAGGAGGAGAGGGUGUGGAGGACCCAGAUAAUGGAGUCAGAGGACAAACUUAAGAUGGCACUCAAAAAGGUGCAGGAAUUAGAAGAGACAACAGACAGCUUGAGAGCGGCAAACCAGAGCACCCAGCAGCUGGAGGAGAAAAUUGUGCUGCUUGAGGCCCAGUUGGAGAAACAGCUGCAGUCAGCUUCCACUGACAGCCAGAGUCAGUCUGAAGAGAUGACGCACUUGAAGCAGAUUUUAGCAGAAUCUGAAAGACAGCUGAGUGUGGCCAUGAUUGAGGCACAGACACAGAGGGAGGAACUUUCACAGGUCAGGCAGCAACUGAGUGACGUGACAAAGCGAGCUCAGGGAGUGGCGGAGAACGGGCAGCCUGAGGCGGAGGAGUGUCAGGUCCAGACUCAGCUGGAACAGACAUUGGAAAAACUGCAGGGUGAACAGGCUCUAAACCAGCAGCUCUCUGCAGAAGUGGAGCAGGCUCAGGAGGCCCUCAAAAGACAGAUUCAGAGCCAUCUCGAACAGAUGAAGUCAGCUGAAGACACUGCAGCCAUGGGGGAUGUUGUUCAGCUGAAGGAGUGUCUAGAGAAGGAGCGAAAAAUGACCAAAGAUUUGGGCCAGGCAGCCACCAAACUCCAGCAGCUGCUAAAAAACAGUCAGGACCAACUUGCCAAAGAGAAGGAGAAAGUCAGAACCCUGCAGGAUCAAUUGCAAGACAAGGAGGGUGAUGGAGAGCUGAAGCAAGGCACUUCUGUUUGAGGUGGAAAAUGAAACCUUUUGCCAAAAAUUGCCUUAAGAUGACCAAAAUGAAGCAUUCCGGAAUUUUUUUUCUUCCUUUUUUUUUUUUUUUUUUUCUUUUGUCGUACUAUAGUCUUGGGAGAAAUUGUAUGAAGACUGAGAAAUCUAACUCGUGCAAACAUUUUAUUUUGGAGAUGUGCUGGAACUAUUUUCACUUUACAUUCCAUCUUGAACCUACUGGCUAUGUCAGAAAUGAUUCCUCAACUGCCUUAUAUAUUCUACGUGUUCUCGCACCUCUCCUCCUGAUGUCAGUGUUAAAAGGGAAACCGUAUGUACGUUACACGUACAUCAACUAGUGCAAUUGAUUACUUGUAAGUGAAUGAGUAUGCAUAAUUGUAUGGUACAUGGGUACAGCAUUUUGAAUGCCUUCUCUGUAGCUGGCUUCAACACCACUGUAUAAGUCUGAUAAUUAAUAAAUAAAUAGCAAUAUGGCUUUCA